UUGAACCUACUAAACAAUCUUUUCCAGACAGGGGUGCACCUGAGGGCAAAACAACGGAACAGAAACAAUAGGUUCCAUUCCUUUUCGGAUUGUUUUUAUUGAUACUCCGCUGUAAUAGCGUACCUCGUUUUGGUUUCCUGUAGCAGACAGUUUUCGUCCGGUGAGGAGUUUGAACUUGAAUACAGGGUUGGAAGUUGGAGCGUGGUGUGGUAUAAUGUUUGCACGCGACAGAGUGCAGAGGAUCAAAAUGAAAUUGAAAGAGCUCGAGAGUUGCCUUCAACAAGUAGACGUCUUUGAGGAACCAAAAAUUCUUCUCGAACAGUAUCCAACAAGCCCACAUAUUGCAGCAUGUAUGCUUUACACGAUCCAUAACACAUAUGAUGACAUCGAGGGCAAGUUAGUUGCAGAUUUGGGAUCUGGUUGUGGCGUUCUCAGUAUUGGGGCGGCAGUCCUCGGCGCAGGUCUGUGUGUGGGGUUCGACAUUGAUGGUGAUGCACUGGAGAUAUUCAGAAGGAACACAGAGGAAUUUGAACUCACCGACAUAGAUUUGAUCCAGUGUGACAUGUGCACGAUGGCUAUUGAAUCUUACGCCAAAAAGUUUGACACUGUGAUAAUGAAUCCCCCAUUUGGCACAAAACACAACCAAGGCAUGGACAUGCAGUUUCUCAGGAAAGCGCUGACAAUGGCAGAGACAGCUGUAUAUUCACUACACAAGACAUCAACGCGAGAACACAUACAGAAGAAGGCAACUGACUGGGGAGUCAAAAUGGAAGUAAUUGCAGAGCUGAGAUACGACUUGCCAGCAUCGUACAAGUUCCACAAAAAAAAAUCGGUUGACAUCAGGGUGGACUUUAUAAGAUUCUCCACAACAUGAAACUUCCAGUGGAAUGGAUUUAGUUCAUUUUAGGCUUUUUCAAUGUUCCUUUCUAUCAAGUUUUUUUGAGCUAUGUUUUUUUGUAUCUGCAAUCUAAGAUCCAUUCUCAGUUUUGACCACCUUUGCAGCUGGGGUGUGGUCAUCUGCACCUUCCAGCGCUCGCUUUUUGGGGCUUGGAGCUCCUGGGAAAGAUCAUUAAAAUGAAGUCAGAUGAGACAUUCUACACACACACACACACACACACACACACACAAUGUAUUGAUUGACUGGCAAAUAUUUCAGUCCAAGGUCACUGUUCUUUAUGCAGAUAUGUAAUAAAACGUCUCAACUUACCAUCAUCAUCGUUA